AUGAAUGGAAUUAAAGUGAAUGUAAAUAAUCAGAAUGGUGGUCAACACAAUGACUAUAUGAGUAUAUUGAGCAAUAAUGAUAAUAAUAAUUACCUAUUGGAUUUUGAGCAUAUUUCUAACGAUGUCUUUGAAGCCAACAUUAAACCAUGCUUAAAACAACUACGAUGUGUUAUCAAUGAAUUAAUCGAUAGUGAAUCAGUUUAUUUAAAGAGUUUAUGCGAUAUUGAAGAGGGUUAUUUACUACGCUUAAAAGAGAAUGACAUUGGUGUGAAUUCACAACUGUUAGACGUUCUCUUUUACAAAAUUCCAGAUUUACGAGUUUUUCAUGCGCAACUUCAUACUGAUCUCCAGUUGGGUCGUGAUAAUCUUAUACAACUUGGACAAGUAUUCUUGGAUAAUGCAAAACAAUUUGAAGAGCUUUAUGUUGAAUUCUGUUUAAAUUAUCCAAAAAGUAUUCAUUUACUCGAAGAGGAACAGAAAUCUCGUACAGAAUUAUGGACAUACCUUAUCAAUUGUCAGUUGGAAUUACAACAUCAACUUCCAUUGGCUACUUAUUUGCUGAAGCCAGUUCAGCGUGUACUGAAAUAUCAGCUACUUUUACAGGAAUGCCUACGACAUUUGAAUCAGUUAGUUACAGAGCUAUCGAAACAUCACUCAUCAGGAGGGGCGAAUGGUUCUUCGUUAAAGAAAACUCCAAGCAAUCUAGAGUCUAAUAGUGAAAAUACUAACAACAACAACAACAACAAAAAUGGCUGUAAUAACAGUGAUGGUGUCGAUUGUUUGGAUUAUCUCAAUGAAUCUGUCUAUACACUGCGACGAGCGUUAGAACGUAUGAUUCAAGUUGCUGAUCACAUCAAUGAACGUAAACGUUAUCGUGAAUUUUUAGAUCAACUGCGUUCAACUCGAUUGGAUGUAGAUAAUUGGGGUGAUAUUGUACUGGGUGAUUAUUUUCGUAUACCAGGUAAAAAAGAUCUACGCUUAGUUCUACUGUUUCAAUGCGCUCUAAUUCUUUGUAAAUAUACACAACCUAGUGGUAAUAUACACUUGUCAAGUACUCAAUCACUAUCUGUAAAUGAUAACUGGAUCAGUAAUACAACAACAUCGACGACAACAACAACAACAGCAGGCACCUUAACAGGACCACGUAAUAGUUUAGAUCGUGUAGGACCAGGAAAUUCAAGUCUCUGGAAUUUGAAUGUUAGAUCUAUUGAAAUACGUGAAGUAAUCAGUUGUGCUAAUUUAAUGUUAGUUGAAUGCAUUGAUAAAGAUCCAUUAGCCUUCCACAUACUACCAUUCGACAAUCCUAAAGCUCAGCGUACUUUACAAGCAAUCAGUCUGGAGACGAAACGUUUAUGGUGUCGUGAAAUAAAACGCUUAAUCUUAGAAAAUUAUGAUGCUGCUAUACCAGAAAGAGCUAAACAAAUAGUUUUAAAUAUGGCUGAAUUAACUUAUGGUCCACCUAUUAAAGAUAUUUCUGAUCUACCAAUGAGUUUAACUAGUUUACAAAAAGUUGGAACAUUUUAUGCUGGUCAACAACGAAAUGGUUUAAUGAAUGAAGAACGGUCAGCAAGUGGUCGAGUUCAUCGUAAAAGUGAUACAGCUCUUCCGCGUCUCCGACGUCUUGUCAAUCGAUCAAUCAGUAGUACUAAUGCUCCACUUGCUUCCAAUUUCAUUCGCACACCGUAUCCAUCAUUAGAUGAAGAUACAGCGGAAGCGAGAACACCUCCUGUGACAAAUGGAUGUAUGUUGAAUGGUAACAGUAAGCAUAACAGCAGAGAUUCUUUAUCGUUUGAUAAUAGUAGUAACCAUGGUAAUAAUUCUACUGAGAGACAUCUUGAUUCUUUACUGCAUGAAGCAUGGGAAGAAAUUUGGGCUAAACAUCAUUCUCCUGUUAAACCAAAUGGGAAUAUAUCCACAAAUGGUGCUGGUGGUGGUGUUGUUGUUUCUCCUGCUGUUAAUGGUCAAUUAAAUCCCCUAAGAAAUACUCAUCAUCAUAAUAGUAAAGGAGGAGGAGGAGGAGGAGCAGGAGGGGAGACGGCAGAAGAUGAUCAUGAUGGUACAUUGACAAUGAAUACUGUCAAUGAGGCAGAUUUUCGAUGUAUAGCUGUGGAGAUUAAUGAAGAACGAUUUGGCCUUUCGUCAUCAUCAUCACCAAAGUCGAUAACUUCAAAUUGUACAGUCAGUGAAACACGAAAGUGUUCAGUAUCUUCGCUAUCAAAAUUAAGCAAUACUCCUACAAAUCAUUUUAUAAAUCAUUCAGACAACCCGAAAUUCUCAGUUCCAACUUCUCCUUCAUCACAGACUUUAUCGCAUUGUUCUUCAUCGCCGUCCUUCCCAGUUUGUCAUAAAUCAUCAUUAACCAGUAACUCGAUACCAACUGGCAAUGGGAUAACUCCAUCAGUGUAUAUUGAUUGUCCAAAUGCAUCAAGUUAUGAUGUGAUUACAUUCGGUCGAACCUAUGAACAGUAUAUAGCUAAAGCUCGAGCUAUGGUUGCUUUAUCUCCACGUGAUUUGGAUGAAAUCUUCAGUCCAUUACGAGAAUUAGCCUGUAUUAUUGAUUGUAGUGAAAAUAAUCUUUCACCUACUUCUAGUAGUAGUAGUAGUACACUGGCUCAUCGAUGUGCAACUGUUCCGUUAACAGUGAAUACAAAUCUCAGUCAGACCAAGCAACGGUGUGCUACAUCGUCAAGUAUUACAAAAAAUUUGAGUAGAUUAACUCAAGGAUUAAAAAUUUCUUUAACUGAUUUAUCAUCUCAUGUUGAACAUGAAAAUGAUACAAUGAGUGAUGGUGAUCGAAGUAAUGGUCAUUGUUCGUCUGGUGGGAGUUCACCACGACAUAUUAUUAGUCGUAUUGCUGUAACGCAUAAUCGAAACACUUUCAGUAAUGAUUUAAUCACAAAAACUAUAACUGUGAUACCAAACAGCAUUCCAGAUCCUUCAUUUCGUACAACAGCGACAGCGACAGCGACAGCGACAGCAACAACAACAACCACAGCAAAUAAUCGCUCAUCAGCUGUUAGAUCUAAUUCACUGGCAAGAUUUCAAACCAGUGACUCGAAAAACAACCUUAAUACAGUCAGUGAUGCGCAUAAUGGACGAAGAUGUUCAAGACAAGGAUCAUUUGAAAGAGCUGACAGUUGUCAUAAUGGUACUAAAUCUUUCUCGGGUUCACCAAAACAACAAUUACUAGGCAUUAAUAAUGGUCUGUCGAAUAAGCCAAGUGUCUCUAAACCGCCUAGAUUAACCAAUCACCAUAGUACACUGACAUCUGUUGGAAAGCCAGUUAAAGCUACUUAUAACAAUUCAGUAGACAGAAAACAAACUAUGCAUGAUUCUUCUUGUUCAACGCCUACUUCACCUAUAGUAUAUGAUUUAAAUGGUAGACGUAGCCGUCGAAAAUCACGUGCACCUGCUCCACCAGUCCCCCUGGGAAAUACUCGUCCUCCUCUUCCUCAUCCGCCUCUUAAAGCGCCAUUAGCAGUUUUAGAAGGAGGUGAUGAUGUAUGUGUAGAAUCUGUUUGUAGUGGUCAUGUAAAAGCUGUGAUAUCAUCACUUUCAGAAAUAUCAACUAAACCGAAUGGUCUUUUCAAAGCAAAUUCUCUACACUUAAAAGACAGGACUACUACUGCUACUGCUGAUGACACUAACAAAGGGAAACCAAUUAAACCACCUCGACGACUUAACAGUACAUCAUCUUCCAGUGACAUUCCUCAUACAUUUAUCAAGGAGAAAACUGCUCCGAGUAGAAAUUAUUCACCAACAUUGAGAAGCCUUCAUAAUCCUCCUCCUCCUUCAUCAAGCCAUAAUAACAAGACAACUGCUACUACGUCUCAUGAUGCUGUAAACCAACGUUUAGGCAUUGUAAAGAAUAUGAUCAAUAAAUUUCAGCAACCAUAG